CCGGACUUCCUCCUCCUCCGGCGGUGGGGGAAAAGACCAGUCACUCAAAGGUCUUCACUUCUCCCGGCCGCGUCUACUCGGGUCCCGGCUUCCAGUUCGGCCUCGGGACAGAGAGCUGGCCUUUGUGGGGGUGGAGGGAGGGAGAAGCGUAAAGCAUUAAAGUCUGGGCCAAGGAAGGAACAGUUCCCUGUCGGGACUACUCGCCCGAGGGUUUUCUGUAAGGGUUUGCACGGGAAUCAGCCGCUUCGCUUUCAUCCCGAGGGCUGCUGGCCCUGUAAAAGAUUACGGCAGGGGGACCUGCACAGUGGCGAAUCUGAUCUACUGAUUCCACUAUGCACCAUGGCUCCAGGAGGCUUCAUUUUUUUCAUCUGUGCCCUUUUGCUGAUCUAUCCAGACCUAACUCAGGGUUCAGGCGGCCCUGUGCUGCCCAACGUCCCCUUUGUUGCAAUCUGGAAUGCCAACACCUAUUUGUGCCAACAGAAAUUUCAGGUGAACAUCAGCCUGGACACCUUCCAUGUGAUAACCAAUCCAAACCAGGUCUUUAAGGGACCAAACAUGACCAUCUUCUAUAGCAAUGAGCUGGGCCUUUAUCCGUGGUAUACACCCACUGGGCAGCCUAUCAAUGGGGGCUUACCUCAGAAUGCCAAUUUUGGUGCCCACAUGGCCAAUUCCUAUAACGACAUCUUGACCACUUUGCCUGAACCUGACUUCAAGGGGGUUGUAGUCAUUGAUUGGGAAGAAUGGCGCCCCAUUUGGAGCAUGAAUUGGGACUCAAAGAAAAUAUAUCAGAAGCAUUCUCUAGAUUUGGUAAGAGAAAAGCACCCAGACUGGUGCCCACAGCACAUAAAGGAGGUGGCUAAGAAAGAAUUUGAGGAGGCUGCCAGGCGCUGGAUGGCUGGUACCUUACAGCUGGGGAAGCUCCUGCGACCCAGGGGACUUUGGGGCUACUAUGGUUUCCCAGAUUGCUACAAUCACAACUUCCAGAAGCCCAACUACACAGGGAAAUGCCAUAAAAAGAUCCAGGUCUUGAAUGAUCAAUUAUCUUGGUUGUGGGAGCAGAGCCGAACCCUCUACCCUAGCAUCUACCUUCCCUUGGAGCUGGCCAACACAGGGAAGUCACUGCUAUUUGUCCGUGGGAGGCUACAAGAGGCCUUCCGAGUGGAAGAGAGGACUGCAAAUCCUGGCCGGCCCAUCUUGCCCUAUGUGCAGAUUUUUUAUGGGAAGACAGAUCGUUUCCUUCCCUUGGAGGAGUUGGAGAAUACCAUUGGGGAGAGUUUGGCCCAGGGGACAGAUGGCAUUGUUGUAUGGAUGAGUGGAGAACACGAGCACACCAAGGAAUCCUGCCAGGCCAUUAAGGAUUACGUGGACACCACCCUUGGACCCUUCAUUCUGAAUGUAACCAGCAGUGCCCUCCUCUGCAGUGAAGCGCUGUGCUCAGGGAAUGGCAGAUGUGCCCGGCGACAAUAUCACCCCCAGACCUUCCUUUUCCUCAGUCCAGACAGCUUUUCUAUUCAUCGACAGCCAGACACUGGGCGCUUGAGCCUGAAAGGUUUCUUGGCAGACGAAGCCUUGACCAAGAUGAAAACAGAAUUUAAGUGUCGCUGCUAUCCAGGCUGGGUUGGGGAGCACUGUGAGAAGGACAGCCCUUGACUCCUCUAAAGAAAUAUUGCCUUGCAUGGGAAGAAGAGAAGAGCUGAAAGGGUCUCUUGAUGCCCUCCUUUGCAGUCCUGGUCUAAAUCUGGGGGGAGACAGUUUCCCCUCUAUAACUGUUCUGUCACUGCCUCCCACCCUUCAGUGAUUAUCACUCUGCUGUGUGAUCUUAAAUAACUUAUUCCAUCUUUCUGAAUCUUGGUUCUCCAUCAAAGGGAGGUAACAGGACUUUAGUGGGGUGUUUGGAAGAAAAUGCUUUAUAAAUCACUGUAAAAAGGAGAACAAUGUUAUUCCAUGGAACACUAUUAUAAAUUACAUUGGGGGAAAGUCUCUCAUACUUCAUGAUGGUUUUGUCUCUGGGUCAGACUUUUCCUAUUGGGGUAAAAGACUGGGAAGGAGAAUAGACCAUUGUCUGGGGUUAUUGGGGUGAGAGGUGGCCUGGGAUAGUGAACUUCUUGUAUCCUGCUUUCUAGAGCUUCCAAGCUGGGGUAACAAAAUGUACCAUGCUUUCUAGAGUCCCCACACCAGGGUGAUUAAAAUAUUGUGUCCUGCUUU